UUCCCUAUCUAUACCUGAAAGUUUGUUUCCGCGCAUAAGCCCUUCGAAUGGUGUUUCUUAUCGUCUGAUUCUUGCAGAAUGGACGGUCUUGCUAUUGCCACCCUCAAAGCAACCGCAACUGCCACCACUGCUUUAUUUGUCGAUAGAUUGGUGCGGUUUCCUUCUGUGUUUGUCGGAAGAAGAAGAAGUGGAGGUCUGAGCUUCGCUCGAAAGGUUAAAAAAUUCGCAGUUUUCGCGUCGAAAGAAGAUGCUAAGUUCGACCAAUGGGAGUUCAUGGAGCUCGAGUGGGGCCGGAUGCGUGGCGAAGACCCCAAACUUACCCUAGCCAAGAUAAUGGGUAAAAAGGUUAAUCCAUAUGCAACUGAUCUUGAAAUUGAGAAAGAAUUUUACAAGAACAAGGGUAAAAUAGUGGAAAUAGAGGAGGUUCCCUUUGAUGAAUUGGAGGAAACAAAAUUGUCGAGUUCUGUGGAUGGUUUGAAUUUGGUUCGUCCUGUUCCAAAAAGAGGAUUGAAAUUCCAAGAGGAAAAGCCAGUUGCACGGGAGAUAAAGAAACCGAGUUCGCUGACUGUGAAUGCAUCAAGCAGUAAGAGGAGUAAUGUUCCAAAUGUUAUAUUAAGAAAGCCGGGUGUCUUUAAAGAAGAUGAUGUUGAAGAUAAGUCAUCAAGGUCAAGUUUGAGGAUCAAACCAAAUUUAAAAUUGAAAAUGAGGGAUGAGCAAACCAACGAAAAAUUCAGUGAUAUGACACUUUUGAGAAGGCCACAGCCAAAGAGUGCCAAUAUGAGUGCUGUCGGGAAUAAAGAGCAAUCUGGUAACAUGGAAAGCAAAGUUAAUGAUGCUCUUGGAUUGAAGACAAGAACCGAAGAAGAGAAUAGUAACUUCCCAGAUGUUACAUUAUUGAAAAAGCCUGAAACUAGAAAGAGUGAUCUUGGAGAAUUGUCUGAAGUAGAGAAUGGUACAGUUGUAAAGGAGCAAGAACAAGAAGAUAACUUCAUAUUAGGAAUGCAGCCACCUGAACGGAACGCCAGGGCUUCUGCUUUGGAAGAAGCUUCAACUAGUGAACAUGCUAAUAGUAAUUCUGUAGAUUCCAGUCUCAAAGUCUCGGCUGAAGCGACACUGCAUGGAAAACCAAAAAGAUUAGACCAGUCCCUCAGAGAAAUAUCACAGUUUAGAACUGAAAAAACAGUGCUUGUGAAUUCUGAAGAUAAGGAAAAUGCUGUUGACGUUGAGAACUCCACUUCUAGCUUGGCAUUGCAGGAUACUGACUGGAAGAGGGCAGAAGGUUUGCUCAAAUUAGGAGAUAAAGAGGAGGUGGAAUUGUUAAGCUCCAGCACCAGGGGAUUUAUCGUAUCUUUCGGCUCUUUGAUAGGAUUUUUGCCAUACCGCAAUCUUGCUGCAAGGUGGAAAUUCUUGGCUUUUGAGACAUGGUUGAGACAGAAGGGGUUAGAUCCAUCAGUAUACCGGAAAAGCUUAGGAGUUGUUGGGGGAUAUGAUGUCACGUACGAAAAUUCCUCUCCUGAUUUAAGCAUUCAGCCAGAGGUUCAUGACAAAGUAGUGGCAGAACUUCCAAAGGAUAUGAAAUUGGAAGAUCUUCUUAGUAUUUAUGACCAGCAGAAACUCAAAUUCUUGUCAUCAUUUGUUGGUCAGAGAGUCAAAGCAAAUGUGGUAAUGGCUGACAGAAAAUUUAGUAAACUUAUAUUUUCCAUGAGACCAAAAGAAAAGGAUGAGUUCAUUGAGAAAAAGAGAAGUCUCAUGGCUAGGCUCCGUGUUGGUGACGUUGUGAAAUGCUGCAUCAAGAAGAUUGCUUAUUUUGGUAUUUUUGUUGAGGUUGAAGGGGUUUCUGCUUUAAUACACCAGACUGAAGUUGCAUGGGAUGCCACUUUGGACCCAUCAUCGUUUUUCAGAAUUGGUCAGAUUGUGGAGGCAAAAGUUCACCAAUUAGACUUUGCGCUUGAACGGAUCUUUCUAUCUUUAAAGGAGCUUACGCCGGAUCCACUUAUUGAUGCCUUGGAGUCUGUGGUCGGCGAUCGUGUUCCCUUGGAUGGGGGGCUUGUAGCGGCAGAAGCAGAUAUUGAGUGGGCUGAUGUGGAAUUGCUCAUCAAAGAAUUGCAACAGAUAAAAGGAAUUGAGUCUGUAUCAAAAGGCCGUUUUUUCUUGAGCCCUGGUUUGGCUCCAACGUUUCAGGUUUAUAUGGCAUCCAUGUUCGAGAACCAGUACAAGUUACUUGCUAGGUCUGGAAACAAAGUCCAAGAGGUAAUGGUUGAAGCAUCAUUGGGAAAGGAAGAGAUGAAGUCUGCAAUUCAGUCAUGCACCAACAGAGUGGGUUAGGUUGAUUCUAUUAAUCAUCCUUGUGUAAUUUUCCUCAUUCCCUGGAUUAGUUCUAGACUUCUAGCAUUAUAGUUCAAAUAUUUUGAUGUUUGAUUUAAUGUAGAACAGAUCAUCUUGUUACAGGAAGGUCACAUAGCUAUACACUUAUACACACUUAUUAUGGUCA